AUGAUGUCUCUGACAAAAACUAUUACCUCGUUCUAUUCAGCUAGACUGAAAGGCUUCGGCAGCCAAACAGAGCAGGCACAGACUGUGGAUCCUGUUCAAUCUCAAACAGAAGAGAUCAUUGCUUCGCUCGAUGCUGUUCAACCGGAAGCAUUUGGCGGAAAUGAAGUAGAACGCCUCAAAGUACGAGCUGCAGCUCGUCGACUGCUUGCGAGGGUGGAGACACCCUACGAACGAGCCUGGGGCUUCUGCUUCGAGCAACCGGUGGUCUUUGCCGCUUUGCAGAUAUGCAUCGACGUGGGCCUUUGGAGAUCAUGGACUAGUGUCGGAGGUGAGAAGUCCAUCGAUGAGCUGGUCAAGUUGACUAGUCCAACCGUUGAUGCAAAUCUUCUCCGUCGAUUGUUCCGACUGCUAGCGGCCUUCAAUGUUGUCAAAGAGACAUCCGAGGACAGAUUCCAACCCACACCUUUCUCGCUAGCUAUCGGGGAUGAGAGCACCAAGGUCCGAGCAUCACUCCAAGCAGCAACAAACCAGUAUAUCGCAACCAGCAAAAGCCUGCCCACAUACCUGAAAAGCAUUUCAUACCAAGAGCCAAAAGACGUCACCACGAACAACCACUCGGUUGCAGACCCCGAUGGCUUGAAUUUCUUCGGCCGGUUGCAGAAAAGCCCCGCCUGCUAUGAAGCAUUCACUGGACACAUGGAAGCAUGGACAACAUGGAAAACACCAUGGACCAAGGUCAUCGACACCAAUACACUGCUAGCAGGAGCCAAACUUGAUGGCGGCUCACCAUUCGUCGUUGAUGUUGGUGGUAACACCGGUAUUGAUAUCUCACAUGUCCUUGCUAAACACCCAAACAUCCCCGCUGGAUCUUUGGUUCUGCAGGACCUCCCCGAGAUCAUCGCCACCGCAAAGGUUGACGAAAAAGUCACUGCCAUGGCCCAUGACUUCUUCUUACCACAGCCAGUCAAAGGGAGUCGUGCGUACUUCAUGCAUGCUGUCCUCCAUGACUGGCCUGACGACAAGGCUAGGGAGCUGCUAGUCAACACCAGAGAUGCUAUGACCAAAGGAUACUCCAAGCUCUUUGUCUAUGACAUUGUCCUGCCGGCCACAGGAGCGAGUAUAAGCCAGACAACGAUGGAUGUUCAGAUGAUGUCGUUGCUAUCGGCUUCUGAGCGGACCCAAGCGCAGUGGAAUCAGCUGUUGACCAGUGCUGGCUUGAAGAUCACCAAGUUUUGGCCUGAUCCUCAGCAGUAUGAGAUGGUUAUUGAAGCUGAGAUCGCAUGA